AUGAUGUUUAUUAUUGUUAGUGUUAUUGUUUGUUAUUUGACCCGAUCCGGAAAAGCGAUCUCUUGGUCAAAUAGCUGGUACCAUCAAGAAGAGGAAGAAGAACAGGACAAUUUGACAACCAAAAGAGCAUCAGCGAGACCAGACAGGCGUGCAAGCAUGCCAGAAGAUACAGAGAAAGACGGGCCAUCUAGGGCCAAACUGAAUACGCAACGACUCUCUGCAAUGAUCGAUUCUUUACACAAUGAGAACGACAUUGGACUAUUUCAGCCUCCGACGACAACGACAACGAAUGACAAGGUUGAUCAAACCGAUAUAGGCAAACCGCCAUCACGGCUCCUAAGAUCACCUGCCGGUGAUGUGUCGCUAGCGCUUGGUGACAAUAGAUCAAGCAUGAUUUCCAAUUAUUCUGGAGUUAUCCAAGAAGGUGUAGAAGUUUCAUACAUAGUCAAGAACCAACAACAGGACGAGGAGCCUUAUAGCAACAAGGCGAGUCCUUUGAAACAGUCUGUGGGAAGGGAAGAUUUGCCACAGUUGCCCAUGUUGCCCUCAGAAGCGACAUUGACCAAAUAUUUGGAUGACGACCAAAGUAUGAAAUCGAGAAAUGGUGAAGACGAAGUUGUGAUUAAGCCAGUAACCAAUGCCAAGCCGGUGGGGAGGUUCAAUUCUGGUACGUUGAAGAAGGGCGAGGCUCGCGGGUCAUUAAAGCUGCUGUCUAAUCCUCGACGCCAGGAAAAAGUUUUGCGUUCGUCCAUAGGUUCAGGCAAUUUAGCCAGUGAGAGUGGAUCUUCCACUUAUAACCCAAAGUUCCAGCAGUCGAUCCAAGAGCAAUUAGAGGAGGACGACGAUGCGAAUUCUAGCGACAAACUUUCGAUUGUUUCCAGUGUGAUACCUGACUUAUCUACAAAGACAAACGGCGUGCCCCAAGAGAUGAGCCCAAUACGUUCUGAGACAAAUGAUUAUAAUCCAACCAUCCCACCUAGAAGCAAAGAUCGUCCCAGAUCAAGAUUGUUCAUCCAAGAUGAUGAAGGUGAAGACGAGUUUUUGGAUGGGGAACUACUGCCAGGUCCACCCCAAAAUGUUGGUCAUUUUAAAAACCUGUCCCAGAUUUCUACCGUCAGUGAACAAAAAUCAGACUCAUACUACUCGGCAGCAACCAGCAUGCCUCCAGCAGAAGAAACUUACUUGACCAGGCCACUACCUAGCACGCCCAAUGAGGAUCACAAAGGCUCAUCGAAUUUGAAACGAGACGACACGUUAAAGGCUGCUCAUACAACGACAGAGCCCAUCCACACUGUCUCAAGUGACCAAGACGAUGACAUAUACGAGGAUAUCAUUGAGGAAACACCUAAGAAAACUAAUCGCAAGAAGGAUGGGAAGAAAAAACUCAAUAACAAGAAAUCCUUGAAGGAGUUGCGAUCAUUUGAUAUCGAUACACUGAACCAGCUGUUGAACGUGACAAAGGGUACUUUGAUUGGAUCAGAAUUUGCGCAACUGGGGAUGCAAUUAGAAGAGAAACGUGCCCUCGAAAGACUAGUGGACUCCUUGUCUAGGUUGACGGCAGACAUGGUUCUUGAUCCUGACCGUUACGAAGAAGGAUUGAAGAGAUUGGACAAAGCUACAAAGGCCCUUGAAGGGUUUUGA